UGGCAUUUGGUCCCAGCAGCCAUGUCCAAAAUGGAUGUAGAGUGGUCCUCCAGGGAGGAGGGGCCUAGCAUGGCGCGGGCUGUGGUCCGAAGCAUGGGUGGCUUUACUCUGGGUUUGUCUUUGGCCACAGCCUAUGGGCUUCUGGAACUUCUGGUGGAGGGACACAGCCCCUAUGCCUGCCUGGUGGCCACUGUCACUUUGGCUGCCUUCCUUAGCCUGGGCAUGGGGUUCUCCCGCCAGGUCCGUGUCUCUGUCUUCCUGCUGCUUCCCCAGGCCUUCUCCAGGCAAGGCCGGAUGCUGCUGGUGGUGGCUGCCUUUGGGCUCGUGCUUCAAGGGCCUUGUGCCAAUACCCUGCGCAACUUCACCCGGGCCAGUGAAGCUGUGGCCUGUGGGGCAGAGCUGGCCCUGAACCAGACUGCUGAAGUGCUAGAGAGGGCCAGGCAGCCCCUUGUCAGUGCUCUGACCAAGAUUAAAGCUAUUGCCCAGAGGGCCAAAGUGGUGGCUGACCGGGUUCGCAAGUUCUUCCGGUCCAUCAUGGAUGGUGUGAAGCAUGUAGCCAGGUCCCUGAGGAAUGUGUGGUACUGGCUCCUUCACAUUGGUGAUGUGUGCAACUCAGAGCUGGGCAACCCUUACACAAAAUGCACUGGGGUAUUUGAUGACGCCAAGGACAACUGUAUGAAGAUCCUGCCGCAAGUCCAUCACCUGUGUUAUGUGCUCAUGCCCUUCAAAUUGGUGCUCUGUGGACUCGCCAGCUUGGUCCAGAUGUUCUGUGUCAUCCCCUCAUACAUCCAACUCUUCCUGCGAAAGACCAUCAGCACCCCUGUGAUGAAGCUGAUUAACCAGGUGCGUCGUGAGUUUGAGUUCAACAUGACAGCCACCCACUACUUCUCCGUGGACCUCAAUGCCUCUCGGAGCCUGUCCCAGGUGGCUUUGGACCUUCAUGAGGCCGUCAGCACGAGGCUACACAGUGUCAGGGAGGUCCUGGCUCUGAUGGGCUACACCAUGCCUCUUCUCUUCACACUUCUUUAUCUCCAAGCCCUGUGGUAUCGGUACUGUUACCUGAACCACGACAAUUUUGACAACAUCUAUAUCACCAGCCGCUUCUUACACAUGGAGGCGGUGCGUUCCAUGGCAGGGUUGCCCACAGUGCUGCCGCUCAGUUCUCACGAGGCCAGACACUACAUCCAACCAGGUUCCAUCUUCCUGUCCCGAUGGGAGCAAAUUUUUUAUAUGUUGGAGAUCUUUGACCUUGCCCGUCACCUCCUCCUCGUGUUCCUCCUGGUCUUUCUGGACUAUGCUGUCUUCUGGGUACUUGACCUGGCCCGGUACCACCUCCAGGGCGAGAUUGUAGCCCGCAGCCCUGUGCUGGUGUCUAUAACGGUGGAAGGGACCGGCUAUUCUGGGAGUAUUUACCGCGACCUGGUAUCAGCUUUUGACAUUCUGCAACAAGGCAACAUCAGUAUAUUGUCCCGGCGCUGCCUCCUGCAUCCCUCGGAACCAGAUGUUAAUGGUUACAUUGUUAUCGGUUCCAUGUAUGGUCUGUGCUUCUUCGUUACUCUGUUGGGCAGCUAUGUCAGCAGGCUGCGGCGAGUCAUUUGUGCCUCCUAUUACCCGUUCAGAGAACAGGAAAGGAUCUCCUACCUCUACAACGUGCUUCUGAGUCGUCGGACCAACAUGUUGGCCGCAGUGCACCGAGCAGUGACUCGACGGGCAGCUGACCAGGGCCACAUGAGUGUCCUCCAGGUGCUAGCCAUCAGGUGCCCUUGCCUAAGUCCUUUGCUCAGCCAAUUUUUGCUGCAUCCACAUUACUGCCUGGGCUGUGGUCAGCCUGAGGACCCAGGGGACAUGGAGAACUUUGUGUCCUGCAGUACCCCAGGCUGCAAAGGUCUCUACUGCCCUACCUGUUUCCGUCUGCUGGACAACACCUGCUCUCUGUGUGCAUCUCCCCUCUCCAACCUGGGGCAUCUGGACCUGGAGCUGGACUCCAGUGAUGAGGAGGGUCCUCAGCUAUGGCUGGCUGCAGCUCGCAGAAGGUCCCCUGAGCAGGAGAUGAAACUUCGACAACAGCUCCAGGAAGCAUUGGGCAAGAGUCUCUCAGACAAAUCCCGCCCAGAGUCCAGGGACCAGGACAAAUGGAAAACACCUCAAAGGAAGCUCCCACAGCGCCUCCCAGCUCAUCAGUCUGCAGGCCUUCCCUUACCACCUGAGCCCCAGAGACUUCUUCAGAAAUCCACUGCCCCCAAAGCAGCCUCCUCCCCAGCCUCAGAACCUCCCAGCCCCUCCCACUCACCCCCACAAUAA